AUGUUCGGCAAAACUAUCCUCACUGUCGCUGCUGCGAUGGGCGCUGCGAUCGCGCAGACGGGACCAGGCUUCCCUGUGCCUGCUACCCAAGCUUUGACUGUGAGCUUCGGCAACAACACGGUGUCUCCCGCGGGAGAGCUAAUUCCACGUCCUGAAACCGUCAACCCUCCUAGUAUCAGCACUCCAGUCUGGUGGGCCUCUUCUGACACUGAGAGCCCCAACCCACCACUUGGUGUGCUGCUGAUAGUUGACCUGGAUGUACCGCGCAACAACACGCGAGUUCAGCUUCUGCACUGGCUAGCCACAAACGUAUCACUUGGCUCUGGCGGGACCAACUCAAGCUCGACGCCUCUCGUCAUUCCCAAUGGACCCGUGCCCUACCUGCAGCCAUCGCCACCUGUAGGCGACGUGCCGCAUUCGUACAACAUUGUUGUAUUCCGACAACCUGCCAACUUCUCCAUCCCUGCGCAGUACAGAAAUCUUACAAACAGCCGCUUGCCUUUCAACGUCAGCCAGUUCGUCAGCGACACUGGCCUCGGCCAGCCGUUUGCCGGUAGCUAUUUCAAAGUGCAGAACUUGACUGGCACACCUACAACUACGUAUCCGCCUGCGAGGUCUCCGACGUCGACCAGCGGUGGUAAUGGAAGCUCGCCGCUUCCUUUCUCCGGUGCUGCAACUCAAUUGAUGAGUGAUAGGACUAUGUGGGUCGGUCUUUCGACUGCGCUCAUUGCUGGAUUCGCCGCAUUUGCGUUGUAA